AUGUGCCGUCAAAACAGUACCGUCUGUACCGGUGUGAAACUUCAGGGAAUACAUAAUUAUGAUGAUGUUUAUGAUAACGGUUAUGCUUUUCUCUUCAUUUUCUAUCUAUCUAUCUAUCUAUCUAUCUAUCUAUCUAUCUCUCUCUCUAUAUAUAUAUAUAUAUAUAUAUAUAUAUAUAUGUCUAUCUUAGUCUCUUCAUUUUCUAUCUAUCUAUCUAUCUAUCUAUCUAUCGUAGUCUCUUCUUUAUCUAUCUGUCUAUCUCGUCCUAUUCAGUAUCUAUCUAUCUAUCUAUCUAUCUAUCUAUCUAUCUAUCUAUCUAUCUAUCUAUCUAUCUAUCGUAGUCUCUUCUUUAUCUAUCUAUCUCGUCCUAUUCAGUAUCUAUCUAUCUAUCUAUCUAUCUAUCUAUCUAUCUAUCUAUCUAUCUAUCUAUCUAUCUAUCUAUCUAUGCUUGUCUCUUCAUUAUCUAUCUAUCUAUCUAUCUAUCUAUCUAUGCUUGUCUCUUCAUUAUCUAUGUCUCUCUCGGCCUAUUCAUUUCUUUAUUUUUAUCUAUCUAUCUAUCUAUCUAUCUAUCUAUCUAUCUAUCUAUCUAUCCUAGUCUCUUCAUUUUCUAUCUAUCUAUCUAUCUAUCUAUCUAUCUAUCUAUCUAAGGAUAUUUAUUUCUUGCAAUCAUUCAUUUUUCUUUCUUUCUUUCUUUCUUUCUUUCUUUCUUUCUUUCUUUCUUUCUUUCUUCGGUUCCCGUCUCUGUCUUUUGUUUCUCUCCCUAUAGAUAGAUUUUCAUUUCAUCUUCGCUUUUUUUUCUUACGAUAUUUCCUUCUUGGUCUAUUCCUAUCUGUCUGUUUAUCAUUUGCUAUGCCACUCUGUCGGUCUAUGUAUUCCUUUGUUUAUGUCUAUUCCUAUGUUUGUCUGUCUCUCCAUUUAUCUAUCUAUCUAUCUAUCUAUCUAUCUAUCUAUCUAUCUAUCUAUCUAUCUAUCUAUAUAUAUCUAUCUAUCCCUAUGACUAUUUAUUUCCAUGUCUGUAUAUAUGUUUAUCUAUUCCUAUGUCAGAUUAGUUUUCUCUCGCUCUCUGUUUAUCUAAUCCUUUGCCUGUCAAUUUCUAAGUCUAUCUAUCUAUCUAUCUAUCUAUCUAUCUAUCUAUCUAUCUAUCUAUCUAUCUAUCUAAGGAUAGCUAGCUAG